CCUAUCUUCACACACUCCUCCUCUCCUCUCACACUCUCCCUCAGUCUCCUCCUCACACACUCUCCUCUCUCCCUCUCUCCCCCCGGAUGUCCCGGGCUGAGAUGGGCUCUGCCCCCGGCCUCAGAGCACCAGUGUCCCGGUGUUCCUCCUCCUGGUAGUCCGUGAUGUUAUCCUCGAUGGACGGGCAGAGCUUCCUCCUCGGAACCCCCCCCCUGGCGGCUCUGCACAGCAUGGCUCAUGAGAUGAAGACCCCCCCCCUGUACCCGGCCUUCUCCUCCUCCGGCUCCUCUUCCACCUCUCCGAACCCCGGGGGAGUGGCCGGUUGCUCCCCGGGUCUGAAGGGCUGUUCUUCGGCUCUGUGUUCCUCCGCGACCCCCCACGGGAUUAACGACAUCCUGAGCCGGCCCUCCGCGCUGCUGCUGGCCGGAGGAAGCGCCUCCUGCCCGGGGGGGUUGCUGGGCUCCGCGCUGGCCCCCCGGUGCCACCCCCCAGGACUGUUCUUCAGCCCCCGGUACCCGAAGCCCCUCAGCGAGCUUCCCGCGGGCCGGACCCCCCUCUUCUGGCCCGGGGUCCUGCAGAGUCCCCCCCCCCACUGGAGGGACGCGCGCUUCUCCUGCUCCCCCCACCACGGCUCGGUGCUGCUGGACCGGGACGGGAAGAGGAAGCACACCCGGCCCACCUUCUCCGGGCAGCAGAUCUUCGCUCUGGAGAAAACCUUCGAGCAGACCAAGUACCUCGCGGGGCCGGAGCGCGCGAGGCUGGCCUAUUCUCUGGGAAUGACGGAGAGCCAGGUCAAGGUCUGGUUCCAGAACCGGAGGACCAAGUGGAGGAAGAAGCACGCGGCGGAGAUGGCGACAGCGAAGAAGAAACAGGACUCAGAGACAGAGAGGCUGAAAGGCUCUGAUGAAGAGGAGGAGGAGGAUGAAGACUACAACAAACCUCUGGACCCCAACUCUGACGACGAGAAGCUGCACGUGCUGCUCAAGAAGCACAAGCCCGUGCACGCGCUGCACGCCUCGGACAAUGACAGCUCCUAAUCUGCACAUCAACAAAAAUACACUUAUUUUAUUUCUGUUAUUUCUUUUAUCGUUUUAUUGGUUUAAUCUUUUUUAUUUUAUUUUUUCAUUGUAUUUUAUUUGUAUUUCUUUUAUUCCUUUACUUCCUGUUUCUGGAGAUGAACUCGAACUCUCGGAGUCGCACUUUUUCAGACUAUAAGGAUUUCUUUUUUGCAAAUUGAUGGAUGAAGGACGUACGGUUCCGGCUCGUAGACUUCCGGAUCCGGUUUGACGGUUUUCCGGUUCCGGUUCUUUGGACUCUUGUAAAAAAAUACCCAGAACCCCCCGCUGUGAUUCUCCGUGUUUUUGUACAGACCAGCUUUCCUUUCCUUUUGUAUUCACUGCAGAGACUAUAAACUCCAGUGGUCCCUGAACGCACCACCUGUACAUACCGCCCCCCACAUUAUUUAUAUGUGUGUGAAGCCUGUGUGUCACGGCGGGUUCAAAUGUAAUGCACUUUUAUUUAAUAAAAUCUCAAAUGCU